GUCGGCUGCUGUCAGGUGGUGCCUGUCUCUGUCGUGGACGUUGGUUGGUUUAACAACGGGCGACAUUUUGCGUAAUUUUGAUCAACAUAUUUUAGCAAAAAAUAUUAUUUAUUUAUCGACGGGUUUUAACGGGUCUUGUUAACUGUUCACGAUGAGCUCAAUUAAUGUGAAAAAGCUUAAAGUUAACGAGCUGAAGGAUGAGCUGAAAAAGCGAAACCUUUCCGACAAGGGGCUAAAGGCCGACUUGAUGGACCGCCUGCAGGCCGCGCUGGACGAGGAGGCCCUCGCCGGAGACUCCGGUGCGGCUCAGGAAGAAGCUUCAGCGGACGAGGGUUUCGACCAGGCCGUCGACACCCAGGAGGGUAUGGGAGAGGAAGAAGAAGGCCCAGGAGUCGAGGAGGAAGGAGGCCCAGUGGAGGAGAGCAUGGAGGCCAACGAGGAGGAACCGGGGAGUGAGGUCGACAAUAAAGCUGUCGUUGCGGAGGACGAAGAGAUGGGUGAGGGGGAAGAGGAAGGGGACGAGGAGGACGACAUGGAUCCCAUGCUAAAGGGAGAUGAAGACGACAUGGAGAAAAUAGACGCAGAGGACGGUGAGCCCGGGAACCAGACGGCUGAGGGGGAUGCGGACAAAGACACGAAUGCUGAUCAGAAGAAUAAGAAGGGUGUUAAGAGACGCCGGGAGGAACAUGGAAGGGGCUACUUUGAAUUUAUUGAAGAGAACAAAUACAGCUGUGCCUCGUUCAAGUCUCCUGUACCCCCACUGGAGGAGGAAGAUGAGGAGUCAGAUGACACUAAAGUCUGCUUGGAUACUUACAACUGCGACCUGCACUUUAAGGUGUCACGUGACCGUUACAGCGCUUCUUCUCUCACUAUGGAAAGUUUUGCUUAUCUUUGGUCUGGAGGCAAAGCCACCUAUGGUGUGAACCGAGGCAAAGCUUGCUUUGAGCUGAAGUUGACAGAAAAGAUUCCAGUGAAGCACAUUUCCAGCAAAAACUUGGAGAUUCAUGACGUUCAGGUUGGAUGGUCCCUGGCAAAUGGCUCACUGCUCCUAGGUGAGGAAGAGUUUUCUUAUGCCUACUCUUGGAAAGGCAAAAAGACAACUAACUGUGUGACCGAGGACUUUGGAGAAACAUUCGAGGAGAAUGACACCAUCUGUUGUCUCAUUGAUUUUGAGGGGGACGAGGUGGUAAUGUCCUUCUCCAAGAAUGGCGGUGAACCAGCUGUAGCUUUCCAAGUCCUCAAGGACUCUUUAAAUGGCCAGGCCCUUUUCCCUCAUGUUAUCUGUCGYAACUGUGCCGUGGAGUUUAACUUUGGCCAAUUGGAGAAACCGUACUUCCCUCAACCUCAGGGCUACAGCUUCCUGCAGCAGAUCCCAGUCAGUGAGCGAGUGCGGGGGCAGAAAGGACCCCAGGUCAAGGCUGACUGUGAGAUCAUCGCGAUGGUUGGUUUGCCAGGCUCAGGGAAAACCACAUGGGUGAAGAACCAUGUCCAACAGAACCCUGGGAAGUACUACAUCCUGAGCAGCGACACCAUAGUGGAGAAAAUGAUGAUGAACAGCUUAAAGCGCCAGUCCAAGGAUAUUACCAAACUCAGCACCAUUUCUCAAAGAGCACCACUUUUCUUGGGAAAAUUCAUCGAGAUUGCUGCCCGCAAGAAGAGAAACUACAUUCUGGAUCAUACUAACCUGUCUGCACCUGGCCAGAAGAGGAAGAUGUGUCUGUUUGCUGGCUUCCAGCGCAAGGCUGUCGUGGUCUGCCCUUCAGAUGAGGACUACAAGCAGAGAGUCCAGAAGAAGGUUGAGGGUGAUGGUAAAGAAGUGCCUGAGCAUGCGUUGCUUAAAAUGAAAGGCUUCUUCUCUUUGCCUGAGGAGGGCGAAAGCUUCAGCGAGGUUAUCUAUGCUGAGCUACCGAAGGAGGAUGCGUCUAAGCUGCUGGAGCAAUACAAAGAGGAGAGCAAGACCGCUCUGCCUGCUGAGAAGAAGCCCAACCAGGGAAGCACUACUCCCAAAAAAGGAGGCAGCGGCAGUGGCGGACCACGUGAUCGUGAUCGGGGCCGUGGAGGCAAGAACCAGUUUGGCCGCAGCGGACCUGGACAGCGAGGUGGUGGUGGUGGUCGUGGAGGUUUCCAGAACAGAGGCAGCUUUAGAGGAGCUCCUGGACCACGUGGUGGCUUCACCCGACCUCCUCGUAGCUUUCUGCCUCCCCCACCCCCCUACAGAGGUGGUUUCCCCAGUCGUGGCAGCUUCAGCCGGGGCGGAGGCCCCAUUCCCAGUCUUGGUGGAUCCCCUAGAGGUGGACCAAUGAGAGGAAAUAUGGGACACAGGGGAGGACCCAUGAACAGAGGGGGUCAGAUGAACAGAGGGAACAUGAGCAGAGGUGGUGGAGGCAACAUGAAUCGUACUGGAAACCGGGGCCAUCCGGGUCAGUUCCAGCAGAGAGGUGGCAACUGUGGAAAUUAUGGCAACAAAAACAGCAACUUUGGUAACAACAGGAACAGUGGGAACUUUGGCAACAGGAACGGCAUGGACAAGGCUCAGGCCUUCAACCAGAGCUGGCAGCAAGGGUUCUGGAACCAGAAACCCUGGAGCCAGCAGUAUCAGCCUGGAUAUUACUGAGACACUUGUUCUAAUGGACUGGUGGUCAACACUGAGAACCCACCGCUAGCCACGGAGCAUCACUCUGCCCUGCUUUUUAAGGUUUUUUGUUUGUUUUUUUAGAAUCUACUUUCAGUCACCUGAAACCCCACCAAUCAAAGAUUAAAGCAACAUGGAGCAACAUUCCAUUAGAGGAGACAAGGCAACACAAGUCUAAUCAAACCUUUCAUAGUGUGGGUUCAGCUUCAUUAGUCAGUCAUUGUUGUUUUGCCUUUUUAUUUUGUUGUAUAUUUCAUUGUGACUGAACCACUUUCAGAUGAUGUGCUUUUAAAGAAAAUGUUUGCUAUGUCAGAAACCUCCCAGUGGGACUAUUUAAGUUUUAUUUUCCCAGGUUUAUAAGCAUUUUAUGUGCUGUGAUAUUUUUGCUUUCUAUUACAAAUUGUAUUUUUUUUUUUUUUUUGCAUAGUUUGUGAAUUUAAAAAAUGUAAUGUUUGAAUGGAAUCUGGGCUCUAUUGUUAAACUGUAUACGUCAAUGCUAUAUUAAGGAGAGCCCCAGAUAAAUUACCGUAAAAUUUUUCCCACCAUUAAAACUGUAACACUUUCAUAGACCUACAAUAAACUACUUAUUUGCUUUUGUACAUUCUUCCUGGCUUAUGACUUUGAUUUAGUUCAAAGGUGUUGAAAAGACCUUUGAAUGAGCAGCAAGCUCCUAACACCUCAGUACUUAAGGAUUCUUUUUAGGUGUCGUAUUUCUUGUGCUUUAGCUAUUUUAGUGUUUAAAAGUAUGUUAACUAAACUGUAAAACCAAGCCAUUUUUAGCCAUUAUAUUUUUAAUUUGUGGUUUGAUUUCUUGUUCAGUUUAGAGCAUUAAAUAUGUCGUUCUCAGGAGAAAGGUCUCAUCAAGCCUCCAUAUUUUCUUAUUUUGUCAUUUCAAGUUUCCAACAGGUUUAUAAUACCAGAGUUAAUCUUUCACCAGCAAACUUUUAAGGGCUGCACAACCACCGUUUUAAAGUCAUAAAAAUGGCACUAUAUGUAUAUUAUGGACAUGUUUAGAGUUUUUGCUGUGUUUCAACCUCUCCAAGCCUUUUUCUUGGCAGCUGUGUGGCUUGUACAUUCAACAGCAUACAGCCAGAAACACGAGAUUUGAUGUUUCAGUUACUUAUUCUGACAUUUAAGAUGUAAAUACACCACUAAUUUACACAUGCAUGAAUGUUCCUGAUUUAACGCAGUAAUAAAUGUGACGUGAAGAGGAAA